GAAGCAUACAGAGCAGUAAUGACCUAUCUAUAUAGUGACCCCUGGUAUGUUGAAGUAAAUAUGAAUUCUGCUGCUCUUGUAUGGCCAUUAUUUAACAGCCUGCAGGCGUUCUGGCCAGGCCUUCAGGUUUUAGCUGGGGACAUUGAGCCUGCCAUUCGAACACAUGCUGCCUUCUUUAGUGUCUGGAAAAAAUAUGGUUUUACACCUGAGGGUUUCAACCUUGCCACGCUCAAUGUUCAA